AUGGAUUCGUUUGGUCUCCGUGCAAAGUUUCUUCAAGAUGGCCUCCUUGAUAACGUCGAUUUCGUCAAUUCUAUCACCGAAGAGUCAAUCGAAGACACGCAUUGGACAUUGUGUCGGUCUUAUACCGUCCGGUCUCACGUAAUAGAAGAGGAAUUCGACAUUCAGCUAUCCGACGGAGACAAGACUCCCCACGUAGAGUGUGCUCUGAAAGUUACAAUACGCAGCAAAGAUGCUCCUCAAGAUGAUACAAGGGAGAAGAUCUUCAAGCCACGGAGAUGGUUUGGCCCAGACUUGGAAGUGGAAGUGGUCGACCAGCAUAUCUCACCAGGAAGGUUGUCGGCAGAAACCUCACCCGGAUCCUCCUCAUUAUCGUCUGUGUCACUGCGUCAGGAAUUGAUUGGCCGCCGAGCGACACCGUCCACCAUAUCAGAAUCCCAACUCCCACUGCAAGCAGACCUCCCAAAUAGGCCGACCUCUGUCACUAAGUACAACACCAUAGAAUACUGCACACUCAUUACUGCUAAAGCAGUCGCUGAAGGCAGUCGAAUACUCGUCAACGAGCCUCAGAAAGAGCAAGAUGAGUUAAUGGCAAGUAUCCGGAAUUGCUUUAAGGAGGAGAUGAGCAGCGACUCUCUGAUGGCCAAAUGGAAACAAUGGAAGGAGGAAGGCAUACCUUUCAGCGAAUUAUUUGGCCUGACAAACUCUUAUAGCGAAGAGUUGCUGCUAUCGGCAGUGUCUAUCGAAAAUGUGGGAAGGUACAUGACGGGGAUAACACAGCACUACAAUUUCAGCUCUCAAAACGAGGAGCCACCGGCCAUACCCAGCAAGAAGAAUGACCAACCCUAUUAUCGCGACGGUCAGAUCGUUCACGGGAUAUUAAAACUGACGUCGGAGCUAUCUAACUACUAUGGUACCUCUGCCAUUGCCCUUUUUACGAUCUUGGAAGUUGGAAACGCUAGUCUGGCAUAUCUCAGUGGUAGUGCGCCGGGCAAUGAUUUCUUCAACGAGGCAGUUGUCGCUCUAAUCGACUUAUCAUGGCGCCGCUUAGCUAACGAGCAAGAGGCGACAUAUCUGUGCACUUUGCCAGUAGUAAACCCACCAGCCUUUCAUUCGUGGUAUACGGGACACAACUACCAAGAAACAUGCAUGAAUAUGAACUUAAAGUCCUUCGCCAAUAAUCAAGAAAGGUCUCACUUCGAACUCCCUGCCACUGAGAUACUGCGUGCAAUAAGGGAACGGUCGAAAAAUAUUGUCAGGUCUUCUGCCGAUCAUGGCGUGAAUACCGACACGUCAAAACAAUUCAUCCUUCACAACGCCCCACGACUCGCAAAGUACAUAACCAACGAGGAACGGCAGAGUCGCACGAAGCAAUAUACAGAAGGAGAGCAAAAGAAUGUUGAUCUUGCCUUAAGCAUCUUGGAAGGAACCGCGUCGAGUGAAAAUCUCCUGACAACUCCAAUAGAAGUUGUGUUCAUAAUAGUUGACAUUUUGUUGGACAGGAACCCUAAAGCAAGACGAAAAAGGACGAAAACAGCAAAAAGGAAGUGCGCAUCAAAAAAAAGUCGUCUAUUGGAAAAUGGGGCUGAUAAAGACCUACAUACUGGCACCUCAAGAACUCAACAAGGGAUUCAGCAAACAUCAUGGUUGCGUCACAGUGUUCACCAGAGCAAUUCGCUUCAGACAUCAUCGAGGGCUACGGAAGACGGAAGCAAUACAUUUGAGUCUGAAUUUAAUACUAUGUUUCCCCAAGAACCGUGUAGCACGGCUUCGGCCAGCUUGUCGGCCGCAGACAGAUGCACGACAGGGUACAGAUGCACGACAGGGUUGGUGCCAGGUGGAAACGUAAUGACGGAUGGAUCCCUGCCUUCAGACGACUUUGGAGACUCGGCCGGAGGCAAUAUAGGUUUUGAACCAAGAGACGAUAGAGGGCUGUUUGCUGGUUUUAAUGACUCUGAAGCUGAUACUGGUUUGCCUGAUAUGAACUGGGAGGAAUGGGGCAAUUUUUGGGCGUUGAAUGAUUCUGACAUCAAUACUGGUCUGCCGCCGAUAUAUUGGCAGCACAUCACAACCAGCUAG